UCCUGACACAUCUCACACUACACUCUAGGACUCAGUGGUCUGACAGCUGCACUGGGAUUCAGAAGAUGGAGAAUUUUCUUGCUCUGAUGAACAGCAUUAGUGACUCAUGGAUGAGCCCCAGCUCCAUGGACAUAGCAAUGGACAUGACCAUUGCAAUUAUGUGUGGAGUGGGGCUCUUUUUCCUACUACUCCCCUUCCUGAAGAAGUGCCCAGUGUCACCACCACCUGAGAGUGAAAGGGACAUCCCAAAGGAUGUGAAGAGGGGGCACAGCAACACCAGGAAGAAAGCUGCUGCUGGAAAAGAUUAUAGAAACAGCAGAAAGAAUGUGCAGGAUACCCAGAAUGCAUCACCACCUAUGGAAAGCUCUGCCAAGCAUCCUUUACUGGACUCCUCUCCACGACCUUUUUGGAACUCUAAGGAGAUACUGCAUCAGCUUACUGUCUCCCAGCUGUUCUCUUACCUCAGGGUCUUAGAGAAUGUUAUCCAGCAUAAAUUUAGCCAGAUUUUCUGGGGCAUAUCCUCUGUGUUCUCUGAGUCAAUUGUGGCUACUGCCUGGGUCUCCAGAAAAUCUUCCUCAGGAGGACAUAAAACCGUGAGGUUUAGUGAUACCUGUGGCCCCGUCCAAGCUCUACCCAUGGCUAAAGGACCACCACAGCCUUCCCAGGACCUGCCAUUACCCCAUCAACUUGUGACACCAAGCUUGGUGGGUAUGACAGGGGCCCAGGAACUAGAAGACCUUCCAAGCUCUGCACCAAAACAAACACCUUCUUUGCUCAAGAGUAGGUCCUGUGAAAAAGCAUGUCCUACCACUGAAAUAGGGAUACAAGUAUCCCUUCCAAGUGAAAACGAACCCUGGAAGGACAGAUUGAAUUGGAAAGACAAUAUAGGCUCUAAUGUCCAAAAACAUCAAGCAGCCAUUAGCCAGCCCACUGACAACUUGUCCAGGAGCACCCUGCCCACUAAAGCCAUCAGGUCAGCCUCCAUCCUUCCUGACCAUUGUCAGAUGCUCCAGCAUCAUGAGGAGCCACAGAAUGAAGACAAGGCAAAUACUGUGAGAGAACAACAAGGAAUCCCAAUCAGAUUCUUCCCAUCCAAGGAACUGACCCAGCUUCAGGGACAUUUCCCAGCAGACAGCGAUCAUUACUGCAAGAGCAGGCCUCAACUCUCUCAGCCUGCCCAGCCCUCCAGCCUCAACUCCCAAAGCUUCAAGUGGAGCCAGAUGAUGGAGUCUGUGCCCACGGGGGUGCCCUUAAAGAAGACCCUAGCAGAAUGUGACAUACCUAAUACCAUCAAGAAGGGCCUUGGUGUGGGGCCCAAACUCCUGCCUUGUACUUCAAGCAGCAGCAGCCCUGGGAAGGGCCUGGAACCCAGGAACCCUGCAGUAAUGACAGAUAAGUUGUCCUCUAUAAACACCACCAAGGACCUUUCCUUCUUUGAUCCAAAGACUCAAAUGAAGCUGGAAUCAAACAUCAUGCAGCUUCCUAUGAAACGCAGGAAACUACCCUGUGUUUCUAAGGCUGAAUACUAUUCUAAGGCUGCCAUGAUCCUGGAAAAAUUGCAUCACCAAGAUCCAGGAGGGACAAGGGUAGAAACUAUAUCAACUGGCAGGCUGCGAAACUCUAUUUUUGAACGCUCACCUCCAGAGGUUCACGAGACCCAACAAGACCCUCCACCUGCUGCCAGCCAUGGGCCCUCAAAGUCCCGUCCAGAUCCACAACAGAGGUACCUGAGUGCUCAGCCACAGGCUACAUGUUCCAAGGCAAAACCUCAGCAGAGCAGGACUCUCCAAGGAACUGGGAAAGCCUGCCUGCUACCAAAUACCAGUCCAGAAACAGCCAGGCAUGCACCAUGGAAGAGGUCUGAGGGUGUGGCCUCAGGACAUCCCUGCUGUAGUGCAACGAAAGUUGGCCCUGAAAAAAGUGUCCCACCUCCAGUGGUCAAACAAACCAACACACUGAAGGUAAAAGAAGAGCCACCUCAAGCAUGGAGUGUGAGUCUGGGAUCUAGUGAGAUUCCCAGUGCCCAAGCCAUCAAUACGGUCUUUGAGUCUAUAGAGGCCAUCAGAAGCCCAAGCCAUCUCCAAACACCUACCCCACAACACCCAGGGGACUUGGCUCUAAAAACAAAAGUAUAUAAUAAGGUCAACUUGAAAUCAAACAAGCCUGUGAACCAUCAUCCUGAUGGCCCCAGUACAGUACACCCUGCCACGGUCAGCUUGUCUUCACGGCACUCACUUCCCAGCUUCCAGGACACAUGCCAAAACCCCAAGACUUCCCAGGGCUUAGGUCAUGGCUUCAUGAGGAGUGAUCAGAGUGUCGAGACUCGGGAGUUCAGCGUCCACGAGGAUAAGACAGAAGCAAAGGAUGACAACACAUUUCAGUCCCAUGAGGAGAGGCCAAGUAUUUUGAAAUCGGGAGAAAUCCGGAGAAAUGGAGAAAGGCUUGAAAGAGUAAAGCCUUCAAUCCCGAGCUCAACACAGCUCAAGGAUACAGCCAAGACUGAGAGUCAAUCUUUCCUCUAUAAACAACGAAAAAGAGAGGCUUCUCCUAAAAGCUCCUUGAAAAACAUCAGGAGGGAUGCUGCACCAAAUGGAAACCACGACACAAACUGCAGGGGGCAAGGGGAUUCUUUAAAUAACAAAAGCCCCUCACCAGCUACUGAGCAGAUACAGGAGGUAACAGGAAGAGGAAACAUUUACGGUGCAGCAGUUGAACUACAAUCCCUCAUAAAUGUCCUGGUCCAGAACCUGGUCAAUUAUGUAGGUCCAUCGGAGGACCAAGAGUGCAAAGUAGAAUCACUGACAUUCCAGCUGGGGGGCUCUUCUUCUGAGGGUCUCUAUGAUCCAAACCAUAGCAGACCAGUAAGCAGAAUGAGCUGUGACCAUGCCGGCCCUGAGGGGCACAAGCAUUCAUCCAGAUACCGAAAAAUUGAACACAAACAGCAGCCAGGUGUUGACCAUACAGCCUUUGACCUACAUCAAAGUACAAAAAAAGAAAUGGACUCUGGCUGUCUUAUGAGUCCCAAAGAGAACCAUCCAGUCAAGUACAGGGGAACUGGAGGCCUGGAACAGUCAACUAUUGCUGCCCAGGGAGCCUCUGACCCAGAUGAAAUUAGAACAAAGUGUGGAAAGGAAUUUUUUCCACAUAGAAGCCCCGAAAUGCAUAACCCUUCAUUCAGAUGCAAAGAAACUGGAGACAAACUGCAGUCAUGUGUUAAUGCCCAGAGAGCCUGUGACCAACAUCCCUACAGUGUGAACAGAAUAGGCUUUGAGCAGCUCCCCACUUCCAAGGGAAACAACCAUCCACAUAGGUACAGGGGAAUUAGAGACAGGCAGCAGUCAGGUUUUGCUGACCAAAGAGCCUAUGACCCAGGUCAAAGUAGAGGGAAUAGUAGAAUGGACUGUUAUCCACAUAGAAGCCCUGAGGGGCAUCACCAUUCAUUCAGAUACAAAGAAAUUGGAGACAAACAGCAGCCAGGUAUUGUUCAUAAAGCCUAUGACCCACAUCUAAGUACAAAGGAAGGAAUGGGCUGUGGUCACCUAAUGAGUCUCAAAGAGAAUCAUCCAGUCAAGGAUGAAGGAACUAGAGGCCAGGAGCAGUCAGAUUUUGCUCCCCAGGGAGCCUCUGAUCCCAGGUAGACCUUACCAGAAGCUACCAUCUUUGUCUUCCUGAACCAGGAAGUCUUCCAGAAGAUGUCCCAUGUGUCCAACCAUUGUUUUCCCCUGUGCUCCCUGGUAAUAAAUGUUGGCUUUUUCUUCUGCAGUC